UCUGGUCUAUUGGUUUCCAGGAGCAUGUCUCGACAGAUAGCUGGUAGCACACCGAGUUAAUAUCAAUUUACGAUAUAGGUCAUUAUUUCUGCAAAUGCGAUCCCCGACUUUCACACGUUUUAGGCAACUUAAUUAGGCUAUCCAAAUUGUAAAUGUAGACGCUUGUAUCAUACGGUUAUGAAAGUUACGAUGUCGCAUAUUUGCAAACGUAUUUUUUUGUUUGCUCGUUUUUUUGUUGUGUUCUUUAUAAAACUAUGGAAAUGUAAUUCAGCUGAAUGCCAAAUGAUGGGGGGCGUGAACAAAUGUAGUGCGAGUGUGCAUUUGGAGGAGGGGGCGACCUGGAAGAGAGGAGAGGGGAGGGGUCAGAACAGCAUAGCUUCAUAAGGGGCAGACCGCAGAACCGAGUGCCAAGACAUCAUAGAUUCUCAACUGGUGAGGAUCCUGCUGAAAACUUUGCAUAGCAUCUUGAUUUUCUAGCUCAGACCCGUUUUAUUUAUGAUUAGUCUUCAUCUGUAGGCUGUUUUGAAGAUAUAUAUUUUUGGGGGGGUUUUUUGUUGAAAUAUCCAUUUAAGAAGAAACUUUGAAUUGAUACGGAGGAAAGAAUGGAUGACGCUACCGACUACUACUACGACUACGAGGAGCAGGAGAAUGACACCAUGUGCGAUUACUCUGAGUGGAAGCCGUCCUACUCCCUCAUCCCUGUCCUGUACAUGCUCAUCUUCAUCCUGGGCCUCUCCGGUAACGGCGUGGUCAUCUUCACCGUGUGGCGGGCCAAGGGCAAGCGGAGGACGGCCGACGUCUACAUCGGCAACCUGGCCCUGGCCGACCUCACCUUCGUGGUCACCCUGCCCCUGUGGGCGGUGUACACGGCGCUGGGCUACCACUGGCCCUUCGGCGUGGCCCUCUGCAAGAUCAGCAGCUUCGUGGUGCUGCUCAACAUGUACGCCAGCGUCUUCUGCCUCACCUGCAUGAGCUUCGACCGCUACCUGGCCAUCGUCCACUCGCUGUCCAGCACGCAGCUGCGCACGCGGGGCCACAUGCGCAGCUCCCUCGCCGCCAUCUGGCUGAUGUCCAGCCUCCUGGCCGCCCCCACGCUCGUCUUCCGCACCACCAAGCACGACGAGGGCACCAACCGCACGUCCUGCGCCAUGGACUUCAGCAUGGUGGUGGAGAACAAGUGGCAGGAGAACCUGUGGGUGUCGGGCCUCAGCAUCUCCUCGUCGGCCCUGGGCUUCCUGCUGCCCUUCCUGGCCAUGAUGGUGUGCUACUGCUUCAUCGGCUGCACCGUCACGCGCCACUUCAACAGCCUCCGCAAGGAGGACCAGCGCAAGCGGCGGCUGCUGAAGAUCAUCACCACGCUGGUGGCCGUGUUCACCGCCUGCUGGAUGCCCUUCCACGUGCUGAAGAGCGCCGACGCCCUCUCCUACCUGAACCUGGCGCCCGACACGUGCGCCUUUCUGCGCUUCCUGCUGCUGGCGCACCCCUACGCCACCUGUCUGGCCUACGUCAACAGCUGCCUCAACCCCUUCCUCUACGCCUUCUUCGACCUGCGCUUCCGCUCCCAGUGCCUGUGCCUGCUCAACCUGAAGAAGGCCUUGCACGCCAGCCCGGCCAGCUCCCUCUCCUCCCAGAAGACCGAGGCCCAGUCCCUGGCCACGAAGGUGUGACCUCGUGCCCGGUGGCCCAGGGGGCCGGAGGAGAGAGGGGGGGGGGGGGUCCAGCCUGCCCUGCCGUUAAGCGUGAACCCCUUACCGGUACGUCACACAUCUCAGAGGGUGCACCGUAUCAUUGCCUUGUCUCAGUCUGUGUGUGUGGGGGGGGUCAUCGUUCUGCAUGCCUCCUGCUCUUGCGGACUGGGGCGGAGAGCUCCGGCAAAUGCAGAGUGUGUCCUGGGUGACUGAGGAAACUGCAGACGUCAGGCAUCGGGCAGAAAGUCCUGACCGCUGACAUCCUCCAAGUUCAGUGAACAAGUUCAGGUCGCGUGAACUUUUUGACAUUUGGCACCGUGCUCCUUGAAGAUGCCAGCCGGACAACGUGGACUGAGCUGAAUGUACUUCGAAUGGACACAGUGAUCGUACCUUCCGUGGACAUGAGGCCUGUGCUUGGGUGGGUUGGAGGCUCUAACCCUGGUGGACUGUGUUAUUCAUGCAUGCGUCCUAUGCUGUCCUGUUUUCUUUAAGGAGCACUUGAGGUGUGAUAGCUAAUUGACCACUCUCUUCAGCCUGUUUUAUCUACAACUGGUAGGGGGGGGGGGGGGGGGGGUGUGUGUAUGUUCGUGGGCGGAUAGCCAGUCUGGAGAGGUGUUGCCGCUUGAUUAGAGUGUUGUAA